AUGCAUACGCGUUCUGUAUCAGAUAUUGAGCCCAUUGUGUUGUUACAGGAAUCCCCAGAGACUCCUGUUAACCUGAAUUCCCUACCUUUCGACCGUCUCCCGAAUCCCCGUCAAGUCUGGCCUUUUCCUUCUCAAUCUGCCGAAGAGGGUUUGGGUCGCCUUGUCCUUCUCACCCCUGAUGUCGUGGCAUCUGCUGCGGCAUCAUGCAUCAAGACUGGUCGUCGUAUAUCCCUUAACUGGGACUUAACAAAGCUGGAUGUCGCCAAUUUCAACCGAGCCCCGGCGCAACACCACAUCAUUCCCCUCCUUAAUGGUACAGCUUUUGAUGACCUCUAUGUGUUCAAUCCACAGCAGUCUUCACAGUGGGAUGGGCUGCGCCACUUCUCAGCUCCGUUUCCCACUAAAGAUAAUCCCAAACAGCGGCUGUUCUAUGGUGGUGUCACUUCGGCAGAAAUUGAAGACCGAAAGAACACGCGCAUUGGGAUACAACAUUGGGCAAGGCAGGGUAUAUGCGGUCGAGGCGUGCUCCUUGACUAUGUUUCGUAUGCGGAGCGACACGGGAUAGAGUACACCACCUUUUCGGAUCAUGGGGUUUCACUAGAGGUUCUUCUCGAAAUUGCAAGGGAAGAAGACAUCAAAUUCCGCCAUGGUGAUAUUCUCUUUAUUCGCAUCGGAGUCACAAAGGAAUGGGAUACCAAAAUGACUCCGGCAGAUAAGCUUGCUUAUGCGCAGAGUUCAAACCCUCUUCAUGCAGGUGUUGAAGGCACGGAAGAAGUUCUAAAAUGGAUUUGGAAUACAAGAUUCUCAGCUGUUGCGAGUGAUGCUAUAUCCUUCGAGGUUUAUCCACCGAAGCAAUCAUACCGGCGCAAUGGAGAACAGGGAGAUGCGCCCGGUGUAUUUCUUCACGAGUAUUUAAUUGCUGGUUGGGGUAUGCCUGUCGGAGAACUGUUCGAUCUGGAGGAGCUCAGUCGAAUUUGCAAGGAGGAACAGAGAUGGGAAUUCUUUGUCGUUGCAUCACCGCUCAACAUGCCUGGUGGGGUGAGCAGUCCUCCAAACUGCAUCGCUAUCUUUUGA